AUGAGUAAGUCAUAUUUUGUUACUGGGACUGAUACCGACGUUGGUAAAACUUUUAUUAGUGCUCUAUUGGUAAAAGCAUGGAAAGCAAACUACUGGAAGCCGCUUCAAACAGGGUUGAAUUGUGAUCAAGGAGACACUAAGUUGGUCAAAAGCUUAACUGGAUUACCGGAAGAUCAUUUUAAGAAACCUCAGGUAGAACUACAAAUUCCAUUAUCGCCGUGGAGAGCUGCUUCAGAAGAGGGGGUCCCAACGAUAAAGGUUUCAGAUGUCAUUAUUCCACAAAGCUUUACAGAGAGUGAAAGGCCACUUAUUGUUGAAGGUGCUGGUGGAUUGUAUGUUCCAAUAAAUGAAAUCGAGAUUACAUCGCAUUUGAUAGAACACUUAGAUAUGCCAACAAUUUUGGUAGCCAGAAGUGGAUUGGGUACUUUAAAUCACACCUUAUUGAGUAUUGAGCAUAUGAAAUCUAGAGGAAUCAAAAUCGCAGGAAUUGUCUUGAAUGGUGAAAUAAAUUCCGGAAAUGCUGAAACAAUCCAACAUUUUGCACCUGAUGUCCCUAUUAUUGCCCAAAUACCACUCCAAAAGGAUGGUGAUUUGGAGAGCUUGAUUGAUUUGGUACCAUCUAUUGACAAGAUUUAG